UUUAUAUUUUUUGAGACACGGAAAAUAACUAAGAGAUACACCCUUUCUACAAAAUUUGGACGUCAAGUCUGGUUGCCGAAUCAGAAUUUUAUCAGCGGAGCAUCGUAGUCACCAUGGAUCAGUCUGCUGCUGAGGUGGUACAAAGAAAAGGUUCUGUUCCUGAUCCGGGUUGGAAUGAUCCUCCAAACUUUACUUAUGAUGCCCUUAAUCCUCCUACUGGACCAAGAAGAUCAAGUUUACUAAAUAAGAGAGUUGCAUAUCCAAUGGCCCCUCAAAUGGGAAGCUCGCCUCCUACCGGUGGAAUGAAUCCAACUCUUCCUCCAUCUGCUAUAACUACAGCAGUUCCUCCUAGUGGCCUCCAAGUUGGAUUUACUGGGAAUCGGAGUCGCACAUCUAGCGAAUGUAGCAAUGCAAACAAUGAUCCUCUGCCAGACAAAUUGGAAGCAAUGUCCAAAGUGAUUUCUAAUCUAGAGGGAGUUGUCAAUCAGAGCUUCAGCUUAUCUCAAGCUGAGAGAUCUGAGAUUAAAAAGCGAAUCACAAUCUUGCAAAAAAUGUGGGAAGAAGACAAGCUCAAUGCCUCUGUUCAACGUAGAGUACUGGAACUCUCAGAAGAGCUCAAAAUGGGUAAUGUUGACCAUGCUGACCACAUUCAUGUUGGACUAAUGGUUGACCACGCAGCUAUGUGCAGUUCCUGGAUGGUUGGGGUACGUAAACUAGUUCAGCACUUGAAAAGUGCAGCUCCACCUCUUCCGGCUAUUACAGCACCAAUUGUUUCAUCUCCUGUUCCUGAAGGUCCUACAGAAUUAGUUGUUGUGCCGGCAUCCAGUUCAUAGAAAUGCAUGCUUUGUAUAACAUUGUGUCUAAUUUAAUUGGUAUUGUGUAAAUUUGUAUUACUUAUUUGUGACUGAUUUUGAAUUGAUUUCUACCCCGAAAGUUCUUAGUUUGCCCAGUUAACCUGAGUUUGUGCUUUGAACGUUUCCUACUCCAGCAUUCCAUUUUUAUCUAAUUAUUUUUACCACAGCAAUACUGUAACAAGAGUAAUAAUUUAUGUUGAGAACAUAAAUUAUGUUGCAUCCAAAGUUUGGUUAAGAUGCUUCUUUUUCAUUUGUAUGAUCAUACCAGCUGGUUAAUCAGGAAUAAUUGUCCUGCAAUACCAAAAAUUUUUGGGGGGGGCUCUGCUGACAGCUGACAGAUAGGCUUUCUUAACCAUACUGUCUAUGUUCGGUGUUUAUGUUAUACAAACCUCAGAAUUUUGAAUCAAAAAAGAAAACAACCAAAAAAAUCUUCCUUUAAUGGUGGAUCUGUGAUGGUCUAUUUCAGCUUUAAAUAAUUUAUAUAUAUCUUAUUUCUUUUAUCCUUUUGUAGGAAUCAAACUUGGUUGUGUAUUUUGUUUAUCAUUUGUGUGACUUUAAUGGGAAUGGUGCUCAUAUCUUUUACUAUUUUUGCUAAAAACAAAGUGUUUUCUGGAAAUUACUGCAAGAUCGAAAUGUUUCCUUGUUUAAGCUGCUUUUAAAAUUUAAAACUAAUAAAAAUCUGACAAAGUUGUUAAUGUCUUACAAUGUGAUAUUUUCCCCCCCUCAUUGUGAUUGUAAUAUUUUAUUGGAUAGGUCAUGUUGAUUUAUUAAAGCUUUGAUUUGUACAGUAA